UGUUGUUAUUGUCAACUGAGUUCUUCGGUCUCAAUCACGUUUUAUAGGAAACUCGCCGUGGAGCUCGGCAGAGCGCAUAACAUUUACAAGACGGAUUUUAUGUACAUGCCUAUAUAAUUAUGGCUACCGGAAUCACAGGCCUGCCAGAUUACAUUGAGAGGAAAGGAUCUCUUUUCCUGCGAUCAAAUCACAUGAACUAUGCUAGGGCGACACUCAAUUCGAACUGGCAUCAAGCAAGGGAAGCAGAACCAAAAGAUUUUGAUAUAAGCAAGACAGAAAGGAGAGAUCUAAGCAAGGCAACCUACAAAAGGAUUGGCAAUGUUACAGAUGGGUCAUUGCCAAAUACCACGUACCAAGACCAUGCAGCACAAGUUUCCCUGAAAAAAGAUUUCCAAGAACAAGCCACAAGUAAACCAAUGGUCAACCUGGAAACUUUUGCACAUACUAAUCUUGACAGAGAUACUGGUCACCCUCAGAGAGGAUUUGGAUCUGUGUUGCCAAGGCACCAUCCUGAAUACAAUAAGCAUCACUUAGAAACAACUUAUGGGGCAGAUUACUUCCCACCCUACACAUACACACCUGCACCAGAGCGGCCACCAGAUUUCCCUGACAAUUCCUGGUCAUACAGAAAAAUGCACUCACAGUUCACAGAUACCACCGACUAUAGAAGAGUUGGCUGGAACACAUGGGCAGAUGAAAGUGGAGUUUACUCUAACACUGUAGCAAAAAGGACUGUUUUUCAACCUACAAAUACUAUUCCAGAAAGGCUUGAAUGAUUUUUUUACAACUGCACUUUCAUAUUAUAAUUUAGUUUCUCGAUCCAAAACUUUGGUGACAAAUGUUUUUAUCAUAAUGCUAAGUGGAUAGUAACUUGCUACUAUACCCUUCAUAUUACUAAACUAUUUCAAUACCCAAUAUAUUUGUUAGAGCUUUAUUAGAACUUCAUUGUGUACUUGUUUACUUCUGUCAGUUUAAAUUAUCCACCAGACCAUUUACCAGGCAGUCAAAUUAUGUCAUUUGGAUGUCAUUUUGAUGUCAUUUCAAUAAUGCUAUUUUUAUGCUGUAUUGACAUGUAAAAAAUUAUCAAGUACCUUGUUGGUAUAUGACUGACUAAAAUUCCAUCAUCAUUUUUUCAUAUCAAUGUCGAAUCGUUUCAUCUUGUGAUUAAAUAAUAAUCUCCAAGUACCA